AUGCCACCCUCGGCGAAAAGAGCCCAACGCGGUCGUCGAGAACUGCGCCUCGGGAGAGAUGUGAAAACGAUUCAACCUACAGACGCCGAAAUGGGACCUUCAUCAUCGCCAACGCGACCCGCCAAGCGCCGCAAGAAGGUCGCAACGCCCGAACCCGACCGAAGAUCGUCCAACAUCGAUAGCGAUCACGGACCGCCUACCGAUGAUGACCAGAUUGUGUCCCAAGUCACGCAGCAGCUCAAGUCUCAGGCUGUACAGGCGAGCAAAGAUCACGCGAAUGCCAUUUAUGAAGCCAACGGCGAUGGCGUCAAGGCGUACGCCAAAGUUGCCGCCCAAGACUGGACGUUCUAUAUUACAAAGCUUGCUGUCAAUAUCGGACGCGCUCCCGAGGGUCAAGGUGCUGAAGAAGACGCAGCAGAGCGAGACUACGUGCAUAUUGAUCUAGGCCCCAGCAAGAUGGUUUCCCGAGCCCACGCGGCCAUCAUCUUUGACUCGAAAGACGAAAAAUGGCUACUUCAGAUCAAGGGGCGAAACGGGGCCAAGGUCGACGGCCAACCCUUGAAAUGUCGCGUCAGUCACCCACUGACGAGCGGUGAGGUUAUCGAGAUUGGAGAGGUCGAGAUGAUGUUUGUGCUGCCGUCGGAGAUAACCCCUCUGCAUGUUCAUCCUACAUUCCUACAGAGGAGUGGUUUGCCCGCAGACAUGCCCACUUCUCGGCGCCAACCAGCGAUUGCUCCCGCCACGGCCGACUAUAAGCGACCAGGUACACCACCCCCGACACGGCGAAAUGACUUCAAGUCACCCGCUGUCAGCACUCCUGCCGUUAUCAUCGGUGCCAGCGGUGUCGAUCUCAGCAUUGAUGACAAUCAGCACAUUAAGCCGCAAUAUAGUUACGCACAGAUGAUUACCCAGGCGAUUGUGAAUGCACAGGACGAAAAGCUGAAUUUAAACGGAAUUUACACCUAUAUAAUGGACACAUAUUCAUACUAUCGCAAUCAGCAAGCAGCAGGCUGGCAGAACUCUAUUAGACACAAUCUAUCUCUCAACAAGUCCUUUGACAAAGUUGCUAGGUCCACCGAUGAACCCGGAAAAGGCAUGAAAUGGCAGAUCGUUCCCGAGGCUCGAGAAGAGAUGAUUCGUAAUGCGUACAAGGUUGGACGUGGUGGACAUCGUGGAUCCUCUGCGCCCUCGUCGCCGAACCAACUCAACUACAUCACGCAAGGACCGAAAGAUAUGGCCGGAAGGGAUACACCGACCGGCAGGAAGCGUCGAGCCUCUCCUCUGACUUCGCCCGUUCCGCGAUCCUCUCUGCGCAUGUCGCAGUCAACACCGAACCGUUCUGAUCGCUCGGGGUUGAACGCAACUUUGACCGCAGACGGCAGCCCGCUUCCAAGACCGCGAAAGACGAUGGAUGCAGAGUCCUCGUUUGCGGGUUACCAACCGCAGUCACCGACUCUGACAUCGUCGUAUCAGGAUGACAACUCGGCAUUUGUUACCCCUGCGCCCCCGCGCAUACACCCCAGGCUUGCACCUCCCAGCACCGCGCAACGACCAAGCCAGCACAUGCCCACUAGCUCUCCCGCACCAUUCUGGAGGUAUGCUGAUAUAGGGAGCACGCCACUCAAGCCAAUGGCUCCUUAUGAGAGCCCGUCCAAGACAAGAGGGCCGAUGCCGCCUCAGAGCAGUAGUCCACCGCCCAUGGGAAAAUCACCCCCAAGCAGUCCAACACGGCCCCAGCUGCCACCGCAACAGACGGUACAGGAGCCUAACGCGGCCGAGGUAGAGGAGGAAGGGAUUGAUUUGACAAAAGGAUUUCAAAGUAUAAGCGCAUAUCAUGCUCCUUCUAUACCCGCCACCGUAUACGAAUCGCGUUUAAUGCCGCUCAACAUUGGCGACGCCGUCAUGCUCUCGCCCAACGCACUCAAGGUUCUUGGAGCGCUGGACCUCUACGACACAUACGGCUACCACGGUCUACGUAUCUACCGCUACGUCCUGAUCGAUGAGCUGGUCGCCGCGCUGGCUAAGGGUGGCGUGGUGGUGGAAUACGGCGCCAGAUUCUCCCAUGUGGAAAAGGAUACCGCGGAAGGCGUAUCCUUUGCGUUGACGGAUGAGAAAAGCAUAGAGACCUCACUUCUUGUUGAAGCCGAUGGUAUCCCCUCGGCGGUUCGCAAACACCUCUAUCCGGGCCUCGAGAGUACUUUUGUUGGCAUGGCAGGCAUCACCGCCGCCGUGCCCACCGCGCAGCUCCAGCUCCCCGAUGGCUACCACAUCCCCGUUACUAUUGUCUCUCCGCAGGGUGCCUUUGUCACCGCUCCGCAGAAAACUGACGGCUCAGAGGCGCUCAUCGGCAAGCAGAUGCGUCUCGCGCCAGCUGAGAGGCAGCCGGGCUGGGACCGUGACUUUGUCGCCGAAAAGCAGUCGGCGAUUGCGUUACUGCAGGGUGCAACGGGCACUUUCCGAAUUCUGGGCCGGAGACAAAAGAUCGAGAAUAUGGCCCCGGCGCUGCGGUUUUGGCAGAUAUAUCGCCAGGGUCGUGUGGACAAGGUGUUGGAGCUGAACAACGAGAUUGACCAGCGGAGAAUGCCGUCGACGGACGUUGUAGUGGGCGAGGAGAAUGGUUUACGAAACCCGGAUUUCCAAAAGGAUGCCAUGGAUUGA